AUAAGAGUAUAGUUUCGGCGGGCUAAGUCGUCCGGUAAUUCAGCUGCGAACGAUUCAACGGCAAUAUUUUCCGGCGAGAAGGUUACGUAAGUCUUCUGAAGACGUAGAAGAAGAUCUGAGGCCUUCAGAAUGAGCGCGUCCAGGUUUAUCAAGUGUGUCACGGUGGGAGAUGGUGCUGUUGGCAAGACUUGCCUCUUGAUUUCCUACACCAGCAACACUUUCCCCACGGAUUACGUUCCAACUGUAUUUGACAAUUUCAGUGCCAACGUGGUUGUCAAUGGGGCUACUGUGAACCUUGGGUUGUGGGAUACUGCUGGACAGGAGGAUUAUAACAGAUUAAGACCACUGAGUUACCGUGGAGCUGAUGUGUUCAUUUUGGCAUUUUCUCUCAUUAGUAAGGCCAGCUAUGAAAAUGUUUCCAAAAAGUGGAUCCCUGAGUUGAAACAUUAUGCUCCUGGUGUCCCAAUAGUUCUUGUUGGAACAAAACUUGAUCUUCGAGAUGAUAAGCAGUUCUUUGUAGACCAUCCUGGUGCUGUGCCAAUAACUACUGCUCAGGGGGAGGAACUGAGGAAAUUGAUUGAUGCGCCUGCCUACAUUGAAUGUAGUUCAAAGUCACAGCAGAAUGUGAAAUCUGUGUUUGAUGCUGCCAUUAAAGUUGUGCUGGCGCCACCCAAGGCGAAGAAAAAGAAGGGAAAAACUCAGAAGGCGUGCUCCAUUUUGUGAAUGACAUAAAUAGUUCCAUUUCAGGGAUUCCACUUACUACUGCCAUUCUCUUUGUAUCCCUCCUUCAUUUCCAUUUCUCUUUCCUUUUGUUUCAUCGAGGAUGGAUCGGAGGUCCUCUCACCGCAUGUCAGAUGACGCUACUAAUGAUCCUAAGUGUCAAGGGUGGCUGCUGAGUGCUGCUGGCUGGCUGGCUAGGUUUAUCCAUGUUGCCUCUUGUAGGCCACUCAAUUGUGCCCUCUCCAUUUUGAUUUGCUUUAUGAUUCAAUGACACAAAACAUUUAGGGAAACAAAACAAAUAUGCCCGCAGCGAUGUUGCCUUUUAUAUUUGUUGCUUUCUAUUCUAAAUUUGUCAAGUUCAUUUUAUAGUCAAUUUGUAGGUGGUUGCUUAUCUAAACUUUUUAGCUAAAUGCUUCAUUAACCUUUCCAUCACC